GAAGUGACUGUGGAGUGGACAAAGACGUAAUUGUGUGAGUGUGAGUGUGCGUGUAUGUGUAUUCCAUCUUUUAUCAUACUUCAAGAUGAAUCUCUCACUAUUUUGUAAUUUUUAGCCAAAUUUUGGUGUCUAUUAUCCCUAGUGUUCGUUUCGCGCCUGGAAGUUGUGCUAAUUCGUGCCGGAAGCCACAUUCCGUCGUCAUGUUAUCGGGAUCAUAACCAAACUUCUCCGAACUUCCUGACCAUAACAAACGGUUUUUACUGAUAAUAAUAAUUUUUCAAUACAGUGGAGCAAAGUGUCGGUAAAGGGGGUGGUUGUGGAUUAAUUCCACAUAAUACCACCCCCGCGAUGGCUGAUGUUAUGGAUGUGGACGUCGCGAAUCGGAUGAGUCAAAAGAAGCAAGUGAUGGACGAACGUUUCCUGCGUCGGAUCGAGGGCUACAGACGUCAUCAUAACAACAGUGAACCACGAUUUUCCAAAGCUUUCAGUGGUCAUGCCGAGCAAAAUUAUGAGCAAACCAUGAUUUUGAAGCAGAAAUAUCUGGAGACCAAAGGCAAGCGGCAAAAGAAGACUGAGAAGAAGCAAACUGAAAAUUCCAUGCCUAACAGUUUGCACCCUGCUCCGCAGAAAUUUCGUACGAAGAGAAGUGCCUCUGAUGAUCUGGAUGGCGAAAGUAAUUCGUACGCUGGAGGACCACCACCCAAAAGCCAACCACCUGCUCCUCCUGGUUCUAAUAGCCAAGAAAAUCUAACUAAGUUCUCUGUAGAAAUAGUACAACAACUAGAAUUUACAACGACAACCACAAAUUCUCAGAUCUCAACAAAUGUUACCGUAAAAACAUUCAAUACUAGUGUAAAGUGUGAUGGUCAAACACCUUCUUCCUCACCUAGUGGUAAUAAACCAAAUAAUCCGCAGUCGCCAAUAUCAUCAGCUACAGUAGCACCAAGUGAUGUUGAAUGUAAACAAGAGCCUGAACACUCAGAAUUUGUAGAUUUGGAAGAAUGUGCCGCAGCUCUCGCGAAGGAUGCUGUGAAUGGUGGCUCCUCUUUCCCCGGUUUCCCCGAUCUAAUAGGUGAUGAAUCUGGCGAUAUACCCCCUGAUGCUUUUAAGGAUCUCAUUUCUGAAAUAUCUUGUAUACCGUCGGAUAUUUUCGAUUUUGAGGAAACUAAAUUAAAUUUGGAUUCUCAGCAGUCACAGCAAUUCAAAAUAGAAGAUAGCAAUAUACCAACAAAUGUUCAUUCUAAAAAUAACCAGCAAUCUCAACACAAGCAAUUACCUCAGCAUUGUAAACCUCCCACUUCCACAGCAGCAACAAUGUUGCAGCAAAACAACGUUUUUGAUCACCAUUCCCAGCAACCAUCGCAGCAGCAGCAGCAACCAGUACAACAGCAAAAGCUGCAGCAACAACCUCAACAAAACCAGCAUCACAAUUCCGUCAAUGUGCAACAGCAGCAGAGAUUGCAGUUCCAAUCGUUACCAGAGUUAAGGCCAGCUGCUCAAACGCUGAAACAAAUGGCUGAACAUCACCAGCACAAAACACAGCAGAUGGGCAUAAAUUAUAAUCAAACAAAUAGAAGUAAUGUCAACACUGCCGUUAAAUCUCCGUUUGCUGAUUACCAAUUUAAUAACUCGAGCAAUCCUGAUUUUAUCAAUAAUUCAGUUAAUAACCAAUCUAGUUAUAAGCAAAAUAUGGUUCCAACGCCUGGUGGACCAUUCAUUGACAAUAUUAAGCAAGAAUUUAGUCCUGGUAACAAACAAACUCCACCUAGACCUUCUUUGAGCACACCGCCUUACAAGCAGCAAUAUUCGCCUUACAGUAGUCCUGGACACGGUAGUCCUCAGUAUUCCAAUCGAGCCUCAGCAGGAUCUACUGUCCCUCCACCCAGGCCUCCAUCUUGCCCAAGUUCAUCAACUCUCCAAAUCAACCAGUCGCAGCAGUUGCAUAUAUCUCAAUCUCAAGGACAAUCUAUCCAGAUGAUAUCACAGCAGCAGCAGCAAAUAGGCAUAAGGCCCCCACCUCCAGAAUAUAAGGUCUCCCCAAGUCAAGGAGGUCCUGGACCUCUCAACCCUCACAACAGUUCAGGAGUGCCUUCUGCUUUACUUAACCAGCGUUUUGCGUCUACCAUGCCACAGCAGCAACAACAACAAAGGAGAGUUGUACAACAACCAAUGCCACCAUCUGGUCCCAUGAUGAGACCAAAUGUGGGUUUCAUGAAUAUGGCAAAUCCCCACAUGGUUCCUCAGCGAAUGCCAUUUGCACAGCGACCCCAGCGUAUGCCAACGCCUGAGAUGAUGAGCCCGGAAUGGCGGCAAAUGAUGCACCACCAACAACAGCAACAACAGCAGCAGCAACAACAGCAGCAGCAGCAGCAGCAACAUCAUCAACAGCAGCAACACCAUCAACAACAGCAGUACCAUCAGCAACAGCAGCAUCAACAACAACAACAGCAGCAGCAACAACAGCAGCAACAACAGCAGCAGCAACAACAGCAGCAACAACAACGGCAACAACAGUUCAGAGCAGCAUUCAGGCAGACUCAAGGAGUUGCUUUCUCAUCAGGAAAUGAUAAUUCUCAAAUGGUAGUUGGACAAAUGCAGCAAAUGCAACACAGAAGUGCAAUGAUGCCUCACCACCAAAUAAUGGCUAAUCAGAUGAUGUCUGUAAACCUUCAAAUGCAUCAAUCAAUGAACAGCAGCAGUUUACCCAACAACAAUAACAUGAUUGGCCAACAACCUGGAAACUACAACUUGAAUCAACAGCGCCAACAAAACAAUCUAAGUAUAUCACAAAACAAUCCGUACUCUAGCAAUAACUGUCUUAGUAGUAAUCAAAAUUCUAUGUCUGUUUAUACCACUGCAAAUGAUCUGAAUUAUCAGUCGCAGAAUAUGAUAAACAACUCAACUCCUAAUCUAAUACCAAAUGAGUUCAAUUUGGACUUUUUAGACCAAACAGAUGGGCCUCAGCUAACAGAUUCAGAAAUUUUUUCCACCUUAGAUCUGCAAAAUAUCCAAAAUAUACAUGACAUUUUAUAAUUUUAGUCAUUUUAUCAUCAGUGUCAUUUUUACACGUAUGUUGGGACUUGUUUUUGUGGAUGCAAGUCCCUCCUUUUUUUCUAGUCUGGUUCUGAGAAAUGUCAAAUUUUCCCCUUUUGAAUUUACGCAAGUUUGUAUUAAUUGCCUCCACAUUUUUUAUCACAUAAUAUUGUGGUUGUAUCAGAAAAUUAAGUGUUUAAUUUGAAGCAGUAGAAACCAGCCUUCCAAUGCAAAGAGCUUUCAUUCAGAGAUUCAGUUUGGUUUGAUGGGAUAAUAAAGCUCUCAGCUUUUGUCCUAUUGCUGGCCCAAAACUUUCAAUGCAGUUUCUUUCACAAAUUGAAAAAUUCGCCUGUAAUUUUUUUUUUUUUUUCUUUUUUUUUUCAAAUUCAUGUUUAUUGUGCAGUAUGUAAAUGCGUCUUUGCCAAAUUGGCAAGUGAAAAUCUGAUUUUCCUUAAAUGCAAAGUUGAAAACUCCUUAAAUGCUCUUAUCUGCAUUCGGAAACUGCCAAUCCAUUUAAUUGAAAUUGCAUUACCAGUUAUGAUAUCAACCCUUGAGGAACAAUGUAAAAUUCUCUUAUAUGAUAUCACAGGUUGCAUUGCUAAUUAUUGAAAGGAACUGCUACUUGACUUCUUUAAUUUACGCACCCCUAAUCAAGCAAGAAAUUUUGAGUACAUCUUUUUGUAUUAUUAUUAUUUAUCAUUAUUAAUUUUUUUUCUCUUUUUUUUUCUUUUUUUUUUUAAACAAGAAUGAGUUUGAAUCUGAUUUUGUUGGCAUCUGUUAUUUUUAUGCAAGUUGAAAAAUAUAAAUCAAAAUAUAAGCAACGUUUAGUAAUUUACUGCUGUUACUAUGUUAUUUUGUUGGCAUUUACUGUAUUUUAAGUUGACUACAUUAUAUUUUGUUAUUGACUUUGUGCAUUAUUUGCUUUUAAAAUAUUUUUAUUUUUUAUGAUUGUGGGAAGGUCUUCACUUUUCUGUCUUAGUUAUCAGCCUUUUAUUAUCUCCUACUGAUUUUUGUUGUAAACAUUAGUUGCUUUUUUACCUCUUUUUCUCAAAUUUCGAAUGUCUUUUCCAUUUCGAGAGCUUUGGUGAUGCUUUGCUCCAUGCAUGGAAUUCAAAUCACAGUUCAUUUCAUUUUAUUCUGAAUUUAAAUUCAGUGAAAUUGCCACUCUUAGCAAACUGUAAGUUUAAACGAGGCAAAUGAACAUAGCAUUGUGCUCUCAUAUUUUCAUUGCAUUCCUACCAAAUCUUUUGCGAUUUGAUGUCGAUUAUCUCUUAAUUUUUAGUGUAUUUUCCGAUCACAAUUUUUUAAUGAGGAUUUCUUUUCAUAUUCUCUCUCUCCUCAUUAUUGGAACCAACCAAUUAAUUUCUUCUUAAAUUCGGUAAUGUGGUAAUUGUUUUUCUAUUUUCCUGAAUACUUUUGUGUUGUCUCUUAGCCUUAGUCUUAGCUGCUUUUAGUUGUUCCAAUUUUGAACUUAUAUUGCAAAUAUUGACCAAGAUAUUCCUUUUUUAUCUUAUCUUCCAAAAGUUAUUUGUGACCUAAGAAAGCACACUAUCAAUUUUGAAUCUGUAAAUAUUUUUGUUUUCUGUGUACGUAGUAUUGCUUACUGCAGAGAAUCACGACGUAUCUAAUUUUUUGAGCCGUAGUUUUUAUAGUUAUUGUAUAAAAAAUGACUGAGACAAAAUCUUGAGCAUUUUACGAUACACCAAAAAUGCUCAUCCUCAACCUCUCUCUUCUUUGAUCUUGUUGUGAAUAUUUUAUACUGAGACCAAGUUGUGAAACUUCAACCCUUGGGAAUUUUGCCAAGCCUCUUGGAUCUUCUCUUUGCUCUCUUAAAGAAUAAUUGUUGACGGACUUUUUCUUCCUGUUCUUUUCUCCUCUUUACAUAAGAAAAUAUCAUCCACAAAUUCGUGCCUCCAGCAUAACUUGUAUUACUAGUUUCUUUGUUUUUCCAAACAUAGAACUUGAUCUGAAGAACCAAGCAUUUUAAAAACUUCUCAUUGAAGCAAUUUCAUGCUAUUUCCCUUUGUAUUAUGUAUUAUUGUUUCAUUCUCACAUCUCGUCAGUUUCAUUUAAACAAAGAAUAAGCAUUCUUUCUGGAAACCUUGUAUGAAGGUUGCAUUAGUGACAUCUGCUUGAAAAAUAAUAUUUGAUGAGUUGGCGUAUUUUUUGCCUUUAACUAAGGAAAAUUUGUGCAGUCACCAAAAAGUUGCUGCCAAACAUUCACACUUUGAUCACUUGUUCAUUUGCAGUUUAGACUUAGAUUUUGAGGUUGACGAUUGAAAUUUUGUGUUUGUCCAGCGGAUAUAGAUGACAUAGCUUAAAUAGUGUAGCGUGUUUGUUGUGCCUAUGUCAGGUGGAAUUCAUGACAAGCUAGAGGCACCUCUUGAGUUUCCGACAGUAUCUCAUUCUUUCUACCAGACAUAUAAAUAGCAUGAUGAAGCAGCGAUAAAACAUAGCUGACGAAUCAUGCUACGCCAUUUAACCUAUGUCAUCUAUGCCCGCCCUACAAACACAAAUCUUCAAUAAUUGGCCCCCUGGUGAGGAUAAAAAUCAAGUGAAACAACAAAAUAAUACAAAAUAUGUUUGCUUUUAAAAAUGUACUUCGUUGAACUGGGUCGGUAUGUCAAAAUUUGUCAAUUUCAACUCUUGAUUAGAAAUAAGUGUUUGGUGUUUGUCAAUUCAAACUUCCCGUUUGCAAAAAAAUGAAAGUCUGCUUGGGUCUAUUGGGCUCUAAAAGAAAUUCAGCCUGUUUUGCAAUAGAGGAGGUCUCUCAGUUUUUAAUGCAUUAAACUCGUCUAUGGAUGCUGAUCAAAAGUCAUCAUUGCGCCAACUUUCUACGAGUUACCGUUUUUGCACAAUCCGCCAGGAAGUUUCAAUAAUUCAUUGAAUGAGAGGAAGCAGUGCGGCGAUUAAGAGUCAAAAAGAGCCCUCAUUUUAGCAUUAGAGUACGGUCGGCUGUGUGUCAAUAAGGAAAGCAGGAAAACCCGAGCGGCAAUCUCAUCUCAGAUUCUGCAUGCCUUUUCGCUAGACCAUCUAAAUCGUUGCUCUCUAUCUCUCCCACUCUCCCCCUUACUUCUCACUGGCUGAGUUUUAGUGUAUUUUCUGAAGGAAAUACACUAUUUUUCCUUAUUUUGUCUUGAACAUUCUCGAGUUUUGAAAGAAAGAGGGGUCUUGUUGACUCUUCAUCGCCACACUGCCUCCUUUAAUUCACAGAAUUAUUAAAACUUCCGAGCGGAUUGUGCGACAACAGCAGCUUACAGAAAGUAGGUGCAACUGUGACUUUUGAUCAGAUCUAUAGACGAGUUAUAUGCCAAAUAAAAAUGGAAAAUCGAUGAUGGUAAACAUUCCUAUAAGAGUUUUCCGGGAUCCUCUAAUAGUCAGAGUUUUGUACUUUCUCAGAAUUCAGACAUCAUUUCCCUCUAAUGAUGACUCAGUUCAGCUGAAAGGCCCAAAGACCUUCAAAGUUAUAUUCGUUGGCAAAUCAUAAAAAGUAGCAGUGUAUCAGCUAUUUUUUUAAAAUUCUAUCAGCAUUAAAUGCUGCUUGACUCAGCAUGUUUCAUUUUAAAAUCUACUUUUUGGUUCUCACCGGCAGAUUCGAUUUUUUUGUCUCUUAGUUUUUCCAUGAGUAGAAAGUUUGAUGAGACUGACUUGAACGCGAACUAUAAACAUUAUUGUCUUACUCAUGAAUCGCUCCUGGAAAUUUCAAUCUGUACAAUGUGUUCUGUGUAAAAAUUUUCUGGAAAUAUGUCUUGCAAAGCCUCCAUCGCCACCCUGAAUAGUGGUCCAUUCUUCAAUAUCACAAGUUUGACAGAGUAGUGAAACAGUAAAAAUCUGUUUUGCUUCAAUAUGCGUGCCGACAAUUUUACUCAAAUUAAAAUGUAAACAAAUGCCCAAGGUGUAUUAAAGCAAUCUAAAUCAUCACAUUCAUAGAUUUUAGCCAUAGUUUUGGUAAACUUUGCAAGUCAUUGGUAUGCUUUUACCUCAGGAUGUCACAUGAUUGCUCUCAUUUAUUGCUUAAGAAUCAGAUCUUAUCUCAAUUAAACAGUUGUGAAUCAAAAUUUAUCUCAAAUCAAAAUUGUUUAAUUUAUAUUACUCAUAACUCAUUGAUGUAACAGUUGAAUCUCUUUUUUCCAUGACUGUUCAGCAUGAUUUUUUCAUCGUGUUGAAGACACACAAAAUGUCUUAUGUUCAAUGAAUAGGGAAGGAAACCUAGAUAUUCCUCUUGGUUGUGAUUGUAAACUAGAAUCCAAAAGCGGAUGUAUACCUACAUGUCUCUCUUACACAGAAAGAUGAAAGGCUGAACUGAAAAUGGAUUAUAGUGCAAUACAUUCCAGGAUCGUUGAAAAAGAAGCCAUAUUAGUCAUUCAGUGUAUUUUUAAGGUCGCUGAAACGUAUCAUUGAGAAAUUUUUUGGAUUGUUUUCGAGAAAAAAAUCCUUUGUAAUUGAAGGUAUUUAUGCUAAAAGGAACUAUUUUGCAUACAAACCUCAUGCACACAGUUCCUUUUAGCAAAAACACGCCCAAUUUGCAGGCUCUUUCAAUGAGCCCUGAAGUCCAAGGCAUAAUUAUGACAAAACAAAAAAUCGUGAAAAAUCUGAUCAAAAUGUUGUGGUUUUCAAAUAGUUAUACAUGCAAAUACAUUUAAUGCAUAAAAAGUGACACCAUUAAGCUGAUCCUCUGCUCUACUAUAAUUCAAGUUAUUUUUGUCUUAAAAUGUCAGAGCAUUAAUAAAUCAUUAAUUGACCACAGCUUAAGUGUGGAUGAUUUUUUCAUAUUUUGCAUGAUUUCUCUCUUUUUAUUUCUUCUCAGUUACUAUCAAUAUAGUCCUCUCCUGCCCCUAACUAUCGUUCCACCAUUUUAACUUAUGUGGCUUGAAUUACACUCAUUCGAAGUUGGCCAUAUAUUUCAAGUAGAUUCGCCAUGAUUAUUCCUCUGAUGCAAACUUUAGCAUAUUUCUGUAUCAGCAGAAUAAUUUGAAUAUACUUACAUUGUUGUUACUGUUUCUCCUUUGAACUGAGUUUAGCAGAAACAAAUCAAAUCACAUUUGUGUGAAAGAUGUAAAGCUUGACCAGUGUCUUACUUUCCUUCUUCAACAAAUUGAAGUCUUUGAGGAAAUGUUAGUGUCCCAAACGGUUCAUUUUUUACGUUGAGUCUUAUUAAGGCAGAAUCUCCUCCCACCCGCUCUUGGUAUCAUGACUUAAUGUGACUCGGUUACUUUUCUCUAAACUCAGUUCAUUUGAGGUAGCGUUUGGUUAUUAGCUGUAAAGUUCUCUUGUAAAAAUUGUAAUGAAUUGUAAAGUAUGUGUUGAACUUGUGAAAGUAUUUUGUGUCUGUAGAUCAUCAUUUGUAUCAGGCAAAUGAUGUGCCAGAAAAUCAUUAGCAUGUAAGUUCGUUGAUUAUUACACUUCAGCAGCAAAUGUUAUUAUCAUUAUGAAUAUCAUUUUUAUCAGUUAUUAGUAUCUAUUCUGCAGUUUUUUCUUAUAGGUUUUUUUAUCAUUAUUAUCAUUGUACGGAAUAAUAUGUUUACUUCCUUGCACUUUUUAUAAAUUUUAUUGCAAAAAAAUGCAUUGUUUCCGUCUCUAGAUGCCUAAAUUUGAAAGUUUAUUUGCUUUUCUGCAUCUCAUAUCUUCAAAUUUUAAAACAUCUAUUUAUUGUGAACAGUUCAUGCUCUCGGCAUUUUUCGUUUUUAGUUCCACAUCAUUUAGGAUUUACCAAAGGUUUAAAUUAAUGCCACAUUUUGAACAUUUGUCAAAUAAAUUUGUGCAACAGGUAAUGCAGGAAAUUUGGUAGUACCAAGCCCUUCAAGUAAUGCCAUGCCUUAAAUUCUGUCUAAAUGGUUUUUAUGCUCUAUCCAGAAAAAUGUGGGCACUUACAUAGCUGAGAAAAAGUUUAUUGAAGUGUCAGUUACAAGGCAUAAUAUUACAUAUUUAGGAAGAAAGCUCUGCAAAAAAUUCGGCCUGGCAUCCAACAGGUUUCUAAUCUAGCAUUGCUGAUUUCAACAAUUAUAACUGUCAGUUUUUUAAGACUGUGAAUGAUGGGUCUCACUGUUUGCUUUACAAGUUACUAAAUUGAGUUAUUUAACAGAAUUUAAUGUUGUUCGAAACAAUCGGGUGAUUCUUUUAAUAAGAUUGGCAGAUCAUUCUUAAGUUUUCUCUGUGGUGAUUAUAUGUAAUUUUAGUCAUUUGAGCGCUGUCAGUAUAAUUUUCCAUGCAGCUGUCUCUUACCAUGCACUUCACUGUUAUAAUUAGCCAAUAUAGCAGAGGAAAGUGAUUGAUUGGCCCACAGGACUAAGAUAAUUUCUUUUGUUGGACUAUUCUCUGGACAGAAUCACCUCCCUCUGUGAGGUGGGAUAUAUGGUGUUUCAACGAUUUCCUUUACCCAUAGAGUAAUUUGAAAGGCAGGCUCUGUUAAUACUACCCAGUUUCAAUCAUUACUAGCCUAAUUCAAUCCUUCAAUAUCAAUUUUAUGUUAAGUUAAUGAUUCAAUUAUUGACCUUAAUUCAUGAACAAUAUUUCCUGUCUUUUUAGCUACAAACUGACCUAUCCCUGCUCCAAUGGCAAGUUAUUUGCAAAUAUUCUGUCAAAUAAAAGAAUAAAUGUUCAUGUGAGCUGGUGCUGGCAGUGUUGUCCUAUUUCUCAUGUAUGAAUAUGCGCUUGUCUUUCUUUAUUUUUGUAUUUUAAACAUUUAAUUUCUUGAAUCAAACCUUCUUCAGUCUAGAUUUUUUCCUUCUCUCUUGAAGUCCUGUCUAAGGAGGUUCAUUCAAUAAAUAUCUUUACUCUCCUCUAGUAAAUGACCUACAUUUUUUAACCUCUUAAGCAUUCUGAAAAGAACUUGAACAAAAAGAGGUUGUGUCAUACUGUGAUGUUACCCUUAAAGUAACAAACUUGACUGAACAAACCAAAAUUGCAUUGGACUAGGGAUGUAGCAUUAAGAGGCAGUCUAAUUUUUCCACCUCAAGAAGAAAAAAAAUAUCUAGAUUAUAAGUUCCUCCAACUAGGAUCCCGUUAUGAUUUAUCCAUGUAUCGCUUUAGUAACCUCAAACUUUUCAAAUCAGGGGUAAGCACUCAUUUUUAAGAUUUUUUUUUGGUAGGAAUUUUCCGAGUAGCUCGGAACCUGGUCACAGGUAUUUUUUGGUCACAUUUGAUAGGCAACUGGAAUUCUCAUGAAUGUUUUGAAUUACAAGAAAGUUUUUAAGACUGUGCUCAAAGGAGACUUUUUAAAAUUUUUGAAAUUGUAUUUGUAUGAUCAGAGCCGAUUUUUUUGUAGGUAGUGCUCUGAAUUGUUCAGUUUUCUUCUCUUUUUUAUCUACAUCAUAUACAUUAUUUUGAUUAGAAAAUUUUUUUUGCAAUAUAUUUGUAAUAUUUAUUUAGUUUCAAAUAUAAUUUUUUUAUAUUGGCUAUUGA